GCUGCCGCAGGUGUGCGAGGAGACGCUGGCGGCCCACAGGGCCCGCCUGGGCGAGCUGAAGGGCCUGGUGGCCCAGAUAGCGGCCGACGUGGGCGCGGGGGCGGGCGAGGCGCUGGGCCAGGAGGUGGAUGCCCUGGGCAGGAAGCUGGAGGAUGUGCGAGAGUGCCUCUCCUCGCUGGCCGACGUCGCGGAGGCGCGCGUGGCCGGCCGGGAACUGUGCUCCGAGGAGCUGCUGCGCACCAAGACCUUCCUGGCCGGCGUGCAGCAGAGCCUGUCCACGGUGGAAAAGUCCAAUGAGGACUCUGAGAACCAGCUGGCGGCUCUGAGAAGUCACCUGCUGUCACUGGGAAAGACAGAAAGCCAUUUGCAGUCCCUGAAGGAGAAAGCCUUGGAGCUCAGGCCCGUGAAGCCAGAGACAUCUGUUGUUGAGAUUCUCCAGCUGUGGCAGCAGGUGUUCCGAGAGACGUUCCAGCAGUACCACCGCCUGUCUGCACGGCUCGUCAAGGGACAGGAUGGGGCCGCAGCGCUGCGUCUGUGGCAGGAGUACCUGUUCCACGUGCAGUCGUUCCUGUCUGGCUCCAUCCCGGAGGACUACCACAGCCUGGCGGAGCACCAGCAUCUGUGCGAGGUGCACCACAACCUGCUGACCAGCCAGCAGGCAGUGCUCUUGUCGAAGAGCAGUACCCCGGACGGGCAGGAGAGCUCGGUGGUGGAGCAGUUCAACUCGCUCACGAACCUGCACAACGAGACCCUGGCCCGCAUCAUGGAGCGGCACGACGAGGUGAAGCAGCGGCUGGCCUCGUGGGACGGCUACCGGGCCGACCAGGUGCGCCUGCUGGCCUGGCUCAAGGACAUGGAGCAGGAGAAGAGCAGACUGCAGCUGCGCUACGUCCACGUGCGGCGUGUGCCCAGGAUCCUGGACCGCAUACAGACGUUGCUGGACCGAGUCCCAUCUGGGGAGAACCAGGUAGAGCGCCUGCAGGCACAGCAAGCCUCCCUCCUGCAGUUCAGCGACGAUGCUCUGGCCACUUCCAUCCGGAUGGAGCAUGCUUCCAUCAGGCAGCGCGUUGGCAACCUGCGAGCGGGGCUUGAGACGUGGAAGGACUUCCUGGAGAGAGUAGCCAGCUUGGCACGAACCUACGAGGAGCAGGUGGCCAGGAUACAGGGCACGUUUCACAGUGUGCACGCCGCAAUAUCAGACCCUGCAGGCCUACCCAGCAUGCUGGAAGGAAUGCGGGAGCGAUUGGCCACAUACCAGGAGCUGCGGACGAGGCUGAGGGAGCUGACGCCCGACCUGGAGGAGGCGGGGGUGGUCCAGGAGCAGCUGAAGGAGUGCGUCAGCCCUGCGGACAUGAAGACCAUCAGCCAGAAGGUGUGGCUGCUGUGGCAGACCCAGGGCGACCUGGAGCACCAGCUGUGCUUGUUGUGCCUCCAGCUGGAGGAGCGGCUGGGCCUGGGAGCCGUGUUCCACAGCAGGCAAGCGCGGUUCCUGCAGUGGGCGGGCGACGUGGAGGCGCGGCUGGAGGCGGGCUCCGGCGGGGAUCCCGAAGAGCUGCUGCGACGCCUGGAGACGGAGCUGAGGACCGAGCUGGGCCUGAAGCGACGCGAGGUGGACUGGCUGCUGCAAGUGGGAGCGGACCUGGUGGACGCUUGCCCCCAGGGCUCGCCCCAGCGCCAGGACGCUCAGGCCAAGCUGCUGCAGGUGGAGUCUGCCUGGGCGCGAGUGCAGAGCCUGGGCGAGGUGCGGGCGUCCCGGCUGCAGCAAGUGCUGCAGACCAAGUCGCAACUGGAGCUCCAGUUGGCAGAAUUGAGAGCGUGGCUGCAUCAAAUGGAGUCCAGACUCAUUGUGCCUCUGGUUUUCGAACAGUGUACUAAAGAAAGUGUUGAGAAGUUGCUGAGGAAUCAUGAGGAACUGCAGCAGUGCAUUGAGAACCACAGCAGUACGGUCGCAGAAGUGUUGAACGGUUGCGAGCUGUUCCUGACCGACUGCGAGAAUUGCAAGGCGACUGUAAACACAGAAGCCAUCAGCACAGCCUGCCAGGCACUGGAGAGCAGGUGGAAGAAGGUGUGCAGCUUGUCUGCCGAAAGGAAGCGACGCAUCCUGGCCGUGUUCUCGCUCCUGCAGGAGCUCAUGAGGUUGUGCAAGGAGCAGCAGCAGUGGCUGGACCAGGUGGAGAAGAACACUGACCAGCUCGGCUCCGUCCAGAAAUUCAGCUCCCAGGCCGAGGUGCAGGAUCUGUUGUCUAGAGUGGAGGCGGUAGUGAAGGACGUGGCGGCUCACGCACCAGGGCUGGAGAUCCUGGACAGGUCGUACUCCAAGCUAGCGCAGGAGAGCGGACUGGACAGAGACAACGUUCAGCUGCUGACAGGACUGGUGCGCGCCACUCUGCAGCGCUGGCACGCCCUUCCCGUCACCGCCGCGGCCUUGCAACAGGCGUUGUGCAGACACCUGCAGCUGUGGCGGGACUUCGUGGCCACGCACGGCCGUGCCGUGGUCGCUCUUGCCCAUGUGGAUGGGCGGCUCACGCACAUCCAGCACUUGUCCUCGCCCGAGCAGGCCGUGCUGCCACGGCUCCAGGAACUGGAAGCAGAGUUGUCGUCUCACGAGCAGUUGCUGCACAAAGCAGACGACCUGGGGGAAGCGUUGCUGAAGAAGACGAGCUCCGGGAAUGAGGGGGGGACUCGUAAGAUGAUGGAGGAGUACCGUUUGCUGUGGCAGGACAUCACUGCACGCAUUGCGCAGCUCAAGGAACUGUCUGCAGAGGAGGCACAGCAAGUGCAGGAGGUGGACGAGAGCGUGCAAGUGGAGACGCUGAGGUUCGAGCAGGAUUCAGCAGUGCAGGUGGACACGCUGCCUCGACAGCCGACCCAGCUGACCUCGCGCGAUGCAUACCUGUUCGAGCUGGAGGUGGCGCUGAGCGAGUGUCUCGUCAAUCUCGACGCCCUGCAGCUCAUCCUCACCCUGCCUCUGGCAGAUGACGAACCUGCCACUGCUGGCCAACUGUCGAAGACGGUGGCGAGCUGUGAGUCGUCCGUAGAGCUGGUGAGACACCUCAGUGCGCUCCUGGUGGCGGAGUGCGGAGUGUCGGAGGAGCAAGCUCGAGCGCGCGAGGUGCAAGAGCUGAGCGACAGGUUCCAGGCUCUGCGGGCUCAGGCUCGGGAGAGGGAACAGCAACUUCGAGAUAUCAGGUCUUCCUUUACUGAGGCCUACUAUUUAAUAUGUGAACAUGAAAGUGCACGGCUGACGUGCCCGCUGUGCUCGAGGCGGAACUGGGACCAGCUGGAGAAUGACCUCUGGAGGCUGGAACAGUGGCUGCAGUUCGCAGAAGGCACGCAGAGUGAGCAGAGGGUGCCGCCUGCUAAUAUCGAGCAGCUGGAAGACAUUAUACAGGAUCACAGGGAGUUCCUGCUGGAUCUGGACAGCCACAAGAGCUUGGUGGUGUCGCUGAACAUCGUGGGCAACCACCUGGCCAACCACACGGAGGACGCAGAGCGGGCGGGGCAGCUGAGGUCGCGGCUGGUGGGCACCAACGCCCGCUGGGACGCCGUGUGUCGUGCCGCUGCCAUCUGGCAGACCAAGCUGCAGACUGCCCUCAUGGAGAAUCAUGAGUUCCAUCGUACCAUUGAGGAACUGGUGGAGUGGCUGGAGCAGAUGGAGAAAACCAUUCGCGCUACGGAGCCAGUGGACUUGGCAGCAGACAUCUUGGUCAUCGAGGCCAAGUACAACAGGCUCAGAGAGCUGCGCGGGGACCUGCAGCGCUGCGAGCCGCGCGUCAUGUCGCUGCAGGAGGCAGCGGACCAGCUGCUGCGCCACUCGGACGCCCCCGGGGGCUCCCUCACCACCUGGGCCCGCCUCGCAGAGCUGCGGCUCAGGCUGCAGUCGCUGCGCCGCAUCACGGGCCAGUACGUGCUGAAGCUGGGCGCCGUGCUGGGGCGCGACCCCUCCGAGCCGGGCUCCGCCGCCACCUCCCUCGCCAGCCUCUCCCGCGAGCUACUGGACCAGGCUGCUGCCAGCCAUGGCGAUGGAGCCUCACAUUCCGACCAACAGCACUCAAACGAUGAGGUGGACACGGCGGUGCUGACGCGUGGCUACCGGUUCCUGGGCAGAGUGCUGCGUGCCUCGCUGCCGAUCCAGGCCCUGAUGCUGCUGCUGCUCGGGGUGGCGUCCCUGGUGCCUGCUGUCGACGACCUGGCCUGCAACCUGAGAAACAACUACGCACAAGGCUUCUUCGAGCCCAUGCUGCGUUACCCCAACGGCCCUCCCCCCAUCUAGGCAGCCACACCUCACACUAAACUUUUAUUGGUUUAGGUGUUGGCAUUACUCAAACUUAGUAAUUAUGGAACUUUGGAUUUUAUUUUAUUUGAUGGGAAUUUUUUUAAAGAAAAACAAAUUCAAAAAGAUGAUUUAAAUGUUGGGGUAUCCCAUUAAUCUUGAUAACACAAGAUUGUGUUUGGGUGUAUUUUCUUUUCAAAUUUGUAACAAGAAUCUUGUUAAUGCAGUGUACAUAUAUGUCAAUUUUGUUAAAUUUUUUUAGAUGCCCUGGUUAAUGCCGUACAAUUUAAGACUGCGUAUGUCGUACAUUUGUGUACGCUGUGAAACAGACUGAAUAGUAUUAGAAUGUAUGUCUCUCGUUGUUGGUCAAGUCGUGUGUAAAUGAUAUCAGAUCUGACAUCUCUGAGGAUUUCAAAAACACUUGUCUUCCUAGUUUGACACUUUCAAAAGUAUAUUUGGUAACAGUUUUACAUAUUUGAAAACUAUGUGAAUUGUAGAAAGCUAUGUACCAAGUUUAUUCAUUUUUUACCACCCAAUUAAACCUCAAGUAUCUCUCUCAUCUGAACAUCAAUCUCUUGGUAUUGCUUAGCUCACAGCUGACUUUCUGAAUUUUUAUGAGAUAUUCUUCAUUAUAAUAUUAGCAGUGUACUUAAUGAUGAUGAUGAUGAUGAUUAACGAUACCAGAAAAAUACUAGAUUUACUCACAGAUGGUGGUUAUUAAUCAUUUCUUUUUUGCAUUUAUGUUUCAUCGUAAAGUCUAAGGGGUUGUUUUAUUUUUUCCAGCUCUAAUUUUUUUAAGAAUUGUGUAAAUUUAUGUAACUUCCUAUUUUGUUAAAUAUUUCUCUAUGAUUAUCCAUUUAAUUGUGGUUAGGAAACACGAGAUGAAACUUAUGUAAGUUUUGUAAGAGAAAGUAACAAUACUAGUUUUUAAAUAUGAAUGUACAUAAUGUUGUCGCGGAUAUUAAAAGACUUUCUGUAUAUUCCAUGAGAGAUCGCAUAAUAUUGACAUGCGUAUAUAUUUUUUUCCAUACGUUAUUUACUCUGUUAAGGAAUGUUCGUGAAACAGGUUUGUGAGUGUUGUUUUGUACCUAGGCUGACGCUAGACGGUUGUUCUGAGAGUGCAAUGUGUCUGCCUUGCCAUCGGUGCGGGAGUGGAACACCGCAUUGCAUGGCCGGGCUUCACAGUCACACUCCUCAGGCUGAUUCUGUGCCGUUUGCAAGGGUCGUGUCUUUUGUACAGAAUAGCUCUCCAGUACAAAAGAUGGGCCUCUGUUCAUUGUACAGAACAUGUUAAAAAAUGUCUUAGUUUUUUUUUUUAUAUUUUAAAUGUAUGCAAAUACAAAUUAAUACAAAGUUAAAUGUAUAUGCAAGAUGUUAUUUGAUGUAUGUUCCCAAGUUCUAUUUAAAUAGGCACAAAAUCAAAAUGAUUUAUCAUCAGUUAUUCUUAAACUGAAGCUAACAAGUUGAUUUAAGUAAGGUGCUAUUUUAUUUUUUGCUUGCAUACACUAUGUAUACUAUUUAUUGCAAGUGUAAUUAAAAACUAAAAAAAAUUCUUGCUGGGCAUCUUUAACUAUGAAGCAAGGUUUGUGAAUUAUACAGUUGAAUUUUUUAGUUUAAUGUUGCAAUGUGUGUAUGAAAUAAAAGUUUAUUAUGAUGGAAAAAUAACUAAAUUUAUAAUUAAAAUUAGCUUUGCACUAUUUCUGUGCAUAACAUCUGUAGCCAAAUUAAGCUGCUUAUUGUUUUAACACAGUAAUUUUUGUGGUGUUAAGUAUCCUAUUUCAUUGCAAACUUAUUCUAUCACAUUACUGUUUGAUUUUUUUGUUUACAGAUAGUAUUUGUGCUUUUACGCCUGUUGCCAUCUUGUAGCUGUAUUUUUAUAAAGGAAAAGUUUAGAAGGUUUGUGGUGUUUAAUAUUUCAACAAAUAAAUUAGUAUGUUGAAUUUCA